UCCUGGCUCACUUCUUCCGCAAGCCCGCCAUGGACCAGGGCCACCUGGCGAAGGCCUUCUUGCUUCAGGCCUUUCAUCAUCUGAAGAAACUCAUCGACAAGAUGCCCCCGGCCGAGAGAGCAAUGUUGCCCGAAUUUAGGACACUGCAGCAACUCAAUGAGCGAUACCACAGUGCCACGCUGAAGCACGCAGGCAUCGACGCAGCUUUGCUGGCAAUGGCUCAGAUCGUGCACUAUAUCAAUCACUCUGAAAAACACUGCGAGGACAUCACACAGCCUCACCAGACCUUUCUCAUUGGACUUUGCUCCGGGCUUUGGGCGUCAUCCGCUAUAUCGGUGUCACCGUCGUUGCCGGACCUCGUCCAUGUAGGGGUUCAAUUUGUCCUAUUCGCUUUCAAGACGGGCACAUACGUCCACUCGGUUUCGCAACAGUUGAGCCCGGCAUUCGACCGGUCGGAGUGCUGGACGUACGUCUUCUCCGGGCUGGAGCAGGACGAUGUCGUAGCCAGGCUAGAUGCCUUCAACCGCGUGUGUAACAUCCCGCCCGCUUGUCGCGCAUACGUGAGUGCGGUAUCCGAGUACAACAUUGCAAUAUCCGGACCGCCCAGCACUCUAGACACGCUGGUCAAGAACGAGAUCUUGCCAGCGGAACCGGUCUCCAUCCCCGUCCAUGGUCCCUACCACGCGCCGCACCUGCACGCCGAGGUAGACGUCAAGGCUUUGCUAGACCUGGAUAAGCCAGAGACGCGGGACGCACUGUACAUGACAAGUCCUCGGUCACCCAUCAUGAACUGCGGCGCCGGAACGUGGUUUACCGAGACGGACACGCUGUCGCUCGUGGCCGCGGUUGCCACUACCAUCCUGAAAGAGACAUUGGACUUUACCAAGGUGCUUAAGGGCUGUGUCGAAGCUGCUCGCGAAUUUAAAUUCGAAGACAGGAGAUGUCUCAUCCUCCCCCUCGGUCCGACUCAGAACGCGGGAACGCUGAAGAAACUCCUCGAAGAGGAAGCAAAGUUGAAGGUGAAGACUCGCAUGCCGCCGCCCUACUCACCAGAGAGUACGGCAUCCACGGUAGGAAACCAGGGCUCGAUUGGGAGACCCAAACUUGCCAUCGUCGGCAUGGCCGGCCGCUUCCCCGAUGCCCCCAGCCACGAGGCGCUUUGGCGAUUGCUGGAACAGGGUCUCGACGUGCACCGUGAGGUCCCCCCCGAUCGCUUCGAUGUGAAGACGCACUUCGACCCGACCGGCCAGAAGGACAACACGAGCCACACCCCGUACGGUUGUUGGAUUCCGGAGCCGGGCCUCUUCGACCCCCGGUUCUUCAGCAUGUCGCCUCGCGAGGCCGCCCAGACCGACCCGAUGCAGCGGAUGGCGCUGACGACCGCAUACGAGGCACUGGAGAUGUCAGGCUACGUCCCCAACAGGACCCCCUCAACGAGGCUUGACCGGAUCGGAACGUUUUAUGGCCAGACGUCCGACGACUGGCGCGAAAUCAAUGCGGCACAGACGAUUGACACGUAUUUCAUCACGGGCGGCGUUCGCGCCUUUGGGCCUGGCCGGAUCAAUUACCAUUUCGGAUUCAGCGGACCCAGUCUCAAUAUCGAUACCGCUUGCUCUUCCAGCGCGGCAGCGAUGCAGGUGGCUUGCACGGCUCUCUGGGCCGGGGACUGCGACACGGCCGUUGUUGGCGGCCUGUCGUGCAUGACGAACCCGGACAUCUUUUCCGGACUCAGUCGAGGCCAGUUCCUCUCCAAGAACGGGCCGUGUUCCACCUUCGACAAUAAGGCUGAUGGCUACUGCCGUGCCGAUGGCUGCGCCUCUGUCGUCGUCAAGCGUUUAGAUGAUGCAUUGGCCGACAACGACCGGAUUCUUGGUGUCAUCCUCGGCACCGCCACGAAUCACUCGGCAGACGCCAUCUCCAUCACUCACCCGCAUGGCCCAACGCAGGCCAUCUUGUCAACCACUGUUCUAGACGAGGCUGGCGUCGAUCCUCAUGAUGUCGACUACGUCGAGAUGCACGGAACCGGUACGCAGGCAGGGGAUGGCACCGAGAUGCGGUCAGUCACCGAUGUCUUUGCCCCUGCAGACCGCCCAAGGCCCCACGACAGGCCGCUGUUCUUGGGUUCGGUCAAGGCAAACGUCGGACACGGAGAGGCCGCCUCCGGCGUUACCGCGCUCAUCAAGGUCCUCUUGAUGCUCGAAAAGAACCUCAUUCCGCGUCACGUUGGUAUCAAGCCAAACAGCAUCAUUAACCAGACCUUCCCCAAGGAUCUCUCGGAACGAGGCGUCAACAUCGCAUUCCACACGACGCCCUUCAAGAGGAGAGACGGCAAGCCGAGGCGCGUCUUCGUCAACAACUUCAGCGCUGCGGGUGGUAACACCGGGAUUCUGGUAGAAGACCCUCCGAAGCCUCCGCCGGCUAAGCCUGAUCCUCGCAGUCACCACAUCGUCACGUUGACCGGGAAGGCCAGGGCUUCCUUGCUGAUGAACGCCGAGCGGCUCCUGCGCUGGAUGGAACAGCACCCGGAAACGCCUGUCUCGCACAUAUCAUACAGCACGACGGCGAGAAAGAUGCAGCAUUAUUGGCGAAUAAGCGUGACAGGUUCCGAGAUUGGAGACAUCCAGAAGGCAAUUCAGAACGCCCUUGGCGAGGGCAACUUUUCGCCUGUCAAAGCCGAGCAGCCUAAAGUCGUCCUGAUGUUCACUGGUCAAGGCACGUUCUAUGCCGCGCUGGGCAAGGAAUUUUAUCGGAACCACUCGGUGUUCCGCAGGAGCAUUGACGGCUUUGUUAAGUUGGCUCGCAUGCAGAACUUUCCAUCUUUCCUUGGGCUCAUCGACGGCAGCGAGCCAGACGUGUCUCGGCUGUCGGCGGUUGAGCUGCAGCUUGGUUUGGUAUGCUUCCAGAUGGCGCUCGCCCGACUGUGGAUGUCGUGGGGGAUCAAUCCCGCCGCCGUCGUGGGCCAUAGCCUUGGAGAAUAUGCCGCUCUCGAGAUCGCCGGCGUGCUCUCCGCCAGCGAUGUCAUCUACCUCGUCGGUUCUCGUGCGCAACUGCUCGAAAAGGCAUGCGAACCCGGCACCCACGGCAUGCUCGCCGUCACGGGUGCACACGACGCCAUCAUGGAGGCCAUGGGUCGGCGGGCCCUUGGGCUCAAUGUGGCCUGCAUCAACGGGCCCCGUGAGACUGUCCUUAGCGGUCCGGUUGCCAAGACGUUGGAGGUUGCGUCGUUCCUGUCCCCUCGCGGCUUCAGGAGCACUCCGUUGAAAGUAGCCUAUGCUUUCCACUCCCCACAGGUGGAGGUCAUCAUGGAUGACUUUGAGAAACUCGCGCAAGGAGUCACGUAUAAUGUUCCCAAAGUCCCCGUCAUCUCGACGGCCCGUGGAAAGGUGAUUGUGGCCGACGAAUUUGACGCCAGGUAUCUCCGCGAGCAUUCACGCAACACCGUCGAUAUGCUCGGCGGGCUCGUUGAUGCUCAGAGGAACGGCACUAUUGAUGCCGAAACUGUCUGGCUCGAGAUCGGCGCUCACCCCGUUCUUACGACCAUGGUCAGGGCUACCUUUGGCACCACUACGGUGGCAGUCCCUACCCUGCGCCGUGAUGAACCGUGCUACAAGACGGUGACGGAGAGCAUUUCCACGCUUCAUAGCCAGGGUGUCGACUUAGACUUCAACGAGUAUCACCGCGAAUUUUCCGACUCUGUGCGCCUCCUGGAUUUGCCCAGCUACGCUUUCGACGAACGUAACUACUGGAUCCAAUACACGGGCGAUUGGUGCCUGAUCAAGCACAGAACAGCGGCGGCCAGCGAGUCGGAGUCGAAGCCUCGAUGGCCGACCAUUUCCACGACUUCGGUACAGAAAGUCGUCAAGGUAGAAGUCGACGGCGACGUGGCCACGGUGGAAAUUGAGUCCGACCUCCACCAGGAGCAGCUCCGGAAUGCCGUAUCUGGCCAUCGGGUCAACGGGGCCCCGCUGUGCCCAUCAUCUCUCUAUGGCGAUAUGGCCAUGACCGUGUGCGACUAUGCCUACAAGCUGCUGCGUCCCGAGAGUCGAGACAUCGGCUGUAACGUCUCAAACAUGGAGGUCCCCAAGACGCUCAUUCUUGAUGAAACAGCUAAAAGUCACAUCCUCCGCCUGACGGUGACGGCCAAUGCAAAACUCGGCUUCGCCGACUUGACCUGGCACACGGGCGACGGCAAGAGGAAGAUCAACCAUGCCCACUGCAAAGUGUACUACGGCAACCGUGAUGACUGGCAGAGCGAGUUUGACAGAGCCGCCUAUCUCGUCAAGUCCCGAAUUGACUUCCUUCAGGAGGCUGAGAAGAGGGGGAAAGCGUCAAAGGUUGGCCGUGGCCUGGCCUACAAGCUCUUCUCCGCCUUGGUCGACUACGCCCCGCGUUAUCGGGGCAUGGAGGAGGUUACCCUUGACAGUGCCACUUGCGAGGCGACUGCCAGGAUUCGCUUCCAGACAACGGAGCAGGAUGGUACCUUCUACUUCAGUCCCUACCACAUUGACAGCGUCUGUCACAUCUCUGGUUUCAUCAUCAACGGCACCGACGCCGUGGAUUCCCGCGAACAGGUCUUUAUUUCUCACGGCUGGGGCUCCAUGAGGUUCACCGAGAUUCCGGACGCCAACAAGGAGUAUCGCAGCUAUAUCCGCAUGCAGAAGAUGAAGGAUAGCAAGAUGAUGGCCGGCGACGCCUAUGUCUUCGACGGCGACAAGAUCAUCGGCAUGACGGGCGACAUCAAGUUCCAAUGCAUUCCGCGCCAUGUCCUCAACACGGUGCUUCCCCCACGAGGCGCACAAGCGGUUCGGACCCCUGCUGCUGCUGCUGCUGCUGCUGCUGCUGCCCGACCGCCCACCACGACCGCCGCGCCAAGCAAGCAGACAAGCAAGGAACCAAGCAAGUCACCAACCAAGCCGCCAAACAAGUCUGCGGCCACCAAGACGAAGAAGAAGGAGAAGACUGUGACACCCUCUAACAUACGUACGGUGGACCAGAAUCUGAAGAGCGUGGUCACGGCAGUCAUGGACAUCCUUGUCCGGGAGUUGGGCUGCAGCCCUGACGAGCUUGCUGACAACGUUUCCUUCAAUGAUCUCGGCGUUGAUUCCCUAAUGGGCUUGACGGUUACUGGCAAGUUCCGUGAAGAGUUGUCUUUGGACGAUAUUGACUCGGACGUCUUCCUUGAACACACCACUAUUGGCGCGUUCAAGCAGUACCUGGCGAGAUUCGAGUCUCGGCCGGGUCGCCAGGAAAGCGUGCCGUCUCGAGGCUCAGAAGUGUCGCCGGACGACGAGUCCCCUGAGCUUGACUCAGAUUCGGACGUAACGACGCCGCCCGACGACAGCGAAACCCAUUCAUCCAAGGCCGGCGAACCGGCCGAAGCCCCUUCAGCUGACGAGGGUGCAAAACUGCGGGACACACUUCGCCGGGCCAUUGCCGAGGAAGCAAAGGUUGAAGUCGAAGAAGUCCUUGCCGUGCGGGAUCUGCCCAGUCUUGGCGUCGAUUCUAUCAUGGGUCUGGCUAUCGUUGGCCGUGUUCUCGAGGAGAUUGGUGUCGCUCUGGAGAAAGACCUCUUCCUCACGAACACAACGCUCAAAGAGAUAGAACGCGCCCUCGGUAUUGAGGACUUGCCCAAGAAGUCUUCCAAAGCCAAACAGGAACCGAAGCAACAACAACACGAACAGGCACCACCCAGGAAGGAAGCCAGGCAGGAGCCCAAGCAAGAAUCCAAGAAGGAAACGAAAGAGGAACCCAAGCAGGAGCCUAAGAAGGAAAACAAGAAGGGACCUGAAGAGGAGUCCAAGCAAGCCGAGAAGUCUCGGAGACAGACCGAGGAAUCUUCAAAAACGGGCCCUCCUGUCAAGCAGCAUCCGAGGAUUGGUUUGGAGGAACCCGCCCCUCCAAAACCUCCUAGGCCCACAGAAAUCAUGGACGAUUAUCCACAACGCACGGCCAGAUCUGUCCUUCUGUCUGGGACAUCAAAGUGUUCCAAGCAGCUGUUCAUGAUUCCGGACGGCAGCGGCUCCGCCACAUCGUACACGGAGAUUGCCAAGGUUGGGGGUGAUUGGCGUGUCUGGGGCCUCUUCUCUCCCUUCAUGAAGACACCCGAGGAGUAUGUCUGCGGAGUGUACGGCAUGGCGGCAAAAUUCAUCACCGAGAUGAAACGUCGCCAGCCCUCCGGCCCAUAUUCUGUUGCGGGGUGGAGCGCCGGCGGCGUCAUUGCGUAUGAGAUGGUGUAUCAAUUAACCACGUCCGGCGAGGAGGUAGAGAACCUUAUUCUCAUCGAUGCCCCCGCCCCGGUCACUAUCGAACCGCUUCCUCAAGGCCUUCACGCAUGGUUCGCUUCGAUCGGACUGCUUGGCGAAGAUUCUGGGAAAGAUGGGGGUGAGAAGAAGGUACCGGAGUGGCUUCUUCCCCAUUUUGCCGCCUCCAUCACGGCCCUGAGCAAUUACUAUGCCGAUCCCAUCCCGAAGGACAGGAGCCCCAAGACCAUGGCCAUCUGGUGUGAGGACGGCGUGUGCCACCUGCCCACGGACCCCCGACCGGAGCCGUAUCCGAAGGGCCACGCCCUCUUUCUUCUGGAUAACCGCACCGACUUUGGACCGAACCGAUGGGACGAGUAUCUGGACGUGAACAAGUUGAAGCUCAGACACAUGCCUGGGAAUCAUUUCACCAUGAUUCACGGGGAGCUGGUAUGCCUUUCCCAAGAUCAUCACUUGAGGAUGCUGCGAUGUUAACUCACAGGAACGCAGGCCAAGCAACUGGAAGGCUUCAUCAGGGAGGCCCUUAUAGACGAAAGCUGCGACUGACCGUCUCGGCCCCUGUCCUCUUAGCAGCGAACCCGGAAGGGUGCAGACUGAAGCGUGUGUUUUAUAGUUAUUGUUACAUCGUAUAUUUGAUAUACAACUAUAUUCUUCAGUGCUGGGCAAUAUGGUCAGAGAUGGAAAAGUGCUACGUCGUCUUAGGCUUUGGUAAUGGGUGCUAGAGUACAAG